GUCCCGGAAGUGCGAACCAGCGUCGCCUGUACACUUCCGCUUCCGGCGCGGCUUCUUUCUUUCCUCGCUGUUCGCGCGUCUGCAAACAUGGUGAACGUUCCCAAAACCCGGCGAACUUUCUGUAAGAAGUGUGGCAAGCAUCAACCCCACAAAGUGACACAGUACAAGAAAGGCAAAGAUUCUCUAUAUGCCCAGGGAAAGCGGCGUUAUGACAGGAAACAGAGUGGCUAUGGUGGGCAGACUAAGCCAAUUUUCCGGAAGAAGGCCAAAACUACAAAGAAGAUUGUCCUGAGGCUUGAGUGUGUUGAGCCCAACUGCAGAUCUAAGAGAAUGCUGGCUAUUAAGAGAUGCAAGCAUUUUGAACUGGGAGGAGAUAAGAAAAGAAAGGGCCAAGUGAUCCAGUUUUAACUUUUCAUGUUUUUUAUUGUGAAGACAAUAAAAUCUUG